CGUGGAGCUGCUCCAGCAGUUUCCUCUUCUUUUCGUCUGGGGGUCAGUCGACCCCUGCGACCAACGCCGUGACUGCCGUCCUUCUCCGCACACCUGGACCUCUGAACUUCUAAAAAAGGGCUGCCUUCUUGGAGGACACCCAAAACGAUGAGGGAAGACACUGCUGCUGCUGCCUGAAACCCUCAGUAUCCCACGUGGCAGGAAACAACGGGAUCAGGUGUAGGGGAAGGGCUUUUGAUUGCUGACUUCCAUGUUUGCUGUCCCUGGAAGGUUCCUACAAUAUAGAAUCCUCUCAGUUAAUAUCUUCCAUUGAACAGAAUUUUUCUGAUUGACCCAUCAUGGAUGGGGACAGAGACAAGAUGGCAGAGAGGAUAUUAACUCUCACCCUAGAGAUACUCUUCCAACUUACUGGAGAGGGUUACACUGUAGUGAAGAAGACCUCUAGUGAGGUUCCUUUGUCUGAAGGAUGGGGAAGAACCCUAAGCCCAAUCACGGGGCCUCCACCUCACCUCCUGAUACAUGAGGAAAUCAAUGAACAGAAGAUCCUAGAACUCGUCCACAAGAUGGUGGAGCUGCUGACUGGAGAGGUUCCUAUAAGGUGUCAGGAUGUCACUGUCUAUUUCUCCAUGGAGGAGUGGGAGUAUGUAGAAGGACACAAGGAUCUGUACAAGAACGUCAUGAUGGAGAACCACCAGUCCCUCACAUCACCAGGUAGACCCAGUAAGAGAAGAACACCAGAGAGAUGUCCCAGUCCUCUUCCUCCACAGGAUCAUCAGAUUUUGAUUCAGGAUAAAGAUCUGAGGAGAAUUAAUUCUAGAGAGACCUGUGUGAAGUGUGAAGACCAGUAUAAAGAGGAAUUUCCUACAGAUAUCUAUCCAGGUUACUGUAUCAGGAGCUCAGAGGGACAUUUGAUAGUACAAUCAUCUGCUUUAAAAACUGAAGAAAUAACACAAGAUACAUAUGAAGCGCAUCCCAUUAUCCAACAUGUACCCUCAGCCCUUCACAGCAAAGAUCUAAAUCCUUUUCAACAUCUAUCAUCUGAUUCAUCACAGACUGUAGAGCAAAAUACAAGCCAAAGAAGUGAUGUUGUACCUAAAAGAGCAAACACGGAUGAGAAGCCAUUUUCAUGUUCAGAAUGUGGGAAAUGUUAUAGUGUUAAGUCAUCUCUUGUUGAACAUCAAAGAACUCACACAGGAGAGAAGCCAUUCUCAUGUUUAGAAUGUGGAAAAUGUUUUACCCAGAAAUCGAAACUUUUUAGACAUCAAAGAUGUCACACAGGGAAGAAGCCGUUUUUAUGCCUAGAAUGUGGGAAAUCGUUUUCUCAAAAAGCAAAUCUUAUCGUACACCAAAGAACUCACACAGGUGAGAAGCCAUUUUCUUGUCCUGAAUGUGAGAAAUGUUUCGCAAGAAAAGCAGAUCUUGUUGAACAUCUUGGAAUUCACACGAGGGUGAAAGCAUUUUCAUGUUCAGAAUGUGGGAAUUGUUUUUAUACAAAAUCACAGCUUCUUGUACACCAAAAAACUCAUAAGGGAGAGAAGCUAUUUUCAUGUACGGAAUGUGGGAAAUGUUAUAGCGUUAAGUCAUCUCUUGUUGAACAUCAAAGAACUCACACAGGAGAGAAGCCAUUCUCAUGUUUAGAAUGUGGAAAAUGUUUUACCCAGAAAUCGAAACUUUUUAGACAUCAGACAGUUCACACAGGAGAGAAGCCAUUUUUAUGUCUCGAAUGUGGCAAAUGUUUUAUAACAAAUGCAGAGCUUGUUGUUCAUGAGAGAAUUCACACAGGGGAGAAGCCAUUUUCUUGUUCAGAAUGUGGGAAAUGUUAUACUCAGAAAUCACAUCUUUUUCGACAUCAAAGAUGUCACACAGGGAAGAAGCCGUUUUUAUGCCUAGAAUGUGGGAAAUCGUUUUCUCAAAAAGCAAAUCUUAUCGUACACCAAAGAACUCACACAGGUGAGAAGCCAUUUUCUUGUCCUGAAUGUGAGAAAUGUUUUGCAAGAAAAGCAGAUCUUGUUGAACAUCUUGGAAUUCACACGAGGGUGAAAGCAUUUUCAUGUUCAGAAUGUGGGAAUUGUUUUUAUAAAAAAUCACAUCUUCUUGUACACCAAAAAACUCAUAAGGGAGAGAAGCUAUUUUCAUGUACGGAAUGUGAACAAUGUUUUAGUUGGAAAACGCAACUUGUUGAACAUCAACGGACUCACACAGGGGAGAAACCAUUUUCAUGCCAAGAAUGUGGGAAAUGUUUCAUAAGAAAAUCAGCUCUUGUUAAACAUCAGAAAAUUCACACAGGAUAGAAGCCAUGUCCAGGCUAAGAAAGUGGGAAAUUUUAUAGUGAUAAAUCAAACUUUGUUCAACAUUAAAGAAGCCACACAAGGGAGAGAAGGCGAGGGCUAACUUCCUACACCCUACUUAGCGAUGGCUCAGCAGUAGGAGCCAACCGUAAUAUAUAGCCAGGCUUUCUCUGCAAUGGCCAGGAUUGGAGCUAGCUCUGUUCCUGGCUAUGUAACCCCAUUAGAUGCCACAGUCUGUAGUAAACAUACCUCAAAGUGGUAAAGCAGAUGGAGGGGGCUCACUCUGACCCUAUAUCAUGUACCUUCCCCUGGGCAACGAGAUCAGAGUAAUCAUAAUUGGUAUAGCAGCUGGAGGCUUAAUGAUGGCCUCCAGGUUUGUAAAGUGCAGACCUUGCACAAGGGUUUGAUAGGUUACCUGUCUGCAGAAUACUAACAGGCACACAUUUAUGACUGUACUACAUAAUUAGUACAGUGUACAGUCGUGGCCAAAAGUUUUGAGAAUUACAUAAAUAUUGGAAAUUGGAAAAGUUGCUGCUUAAGUUUUUAUAAUAGCAAUUUGCAUAUACUCCAGAAUGUUAUGAAGAG